CUUCCUCUUAACAGCCCCAACAUCCAGAGUCGCCGUCGCGGAGUCCCCCGUGGGUGGGGGUCUCGACGCAGACGAACGACGAGCGGGAACAGGUGACGCUGGUCGCGGUGCACUGGUUGGCUGCUCCACUUCCCGCAUCUGAAUCUGAUUUUAAUCGUAGAAAUAUUUUAUUUUUCGGAAACAUCUUACAAUGCAGCAAACUCAGGAAUGUCCCUUUAAAUCAUGUGAAGUUGGACACAAAGUCUGCAGCUUACAAGAUGACAUAUGGAAUUGGAAACACUUUCACUCAAAAAACUGUUGAUGCCCUCCAGAUAAGUCCAUUUUCCCUGAAUAUUGAUGAAAGCACUAGCAAUAACAACAAGAGGAUCCUUGCUAUCUUGGCUAGUUAUUUCUGUACCAAGCAGAAAAGAGUUUUGGUGGAACAUCUGAAAUCAGUUGAACUGAUCAAAGUAGACACGAAAAGUGUGCUCCAUGCUAUAGAUGCAGUGUUUUCAGAACUGUCUAUUCCUUGGAAUAACUUGGUAUCCAUACUUAUGGAUUCCUGCGCAGUAAUGCGAGGAUCGAAAAAUGGGCUUGAGGUGAAGAUCCGGCAAGGAAAAGCACCACAGCUACUUGACAUUGAUGGAGAUUCAUGUCACCAUAUCCACAAUGCUUGUAAGAAGUUUUGUGGUCCAUUCGAGGGAUAUGUUGAAGGGUUGGCAACAGAUCUUCAUAACGACCUGAAGUGGUCUGCAGAUCUCAAACAGAUGCUUGUUGAAGUUUGUGAAAUGCUUGAUAUUCCUUUCACUACACCGCAGAGAUUCUUGGCUCAUAGAUGGCUUUCGUGCUAUGAUAUCACAGCAGCGAACAACAUUAUGAUGGAUGCUUUCAGAGUAUUCUAUUAUGGCUUUCUUACCACUGAAGAUAAGAAACUGUAUAAGUCACCUGUCCGUGAUCUACUGGGAAAGAGGAAUGUUUCUACUAGUGGUAUGGAUAGGAUGAAAGAAAUCUGGCAUGAGCUCAGUAACAAGAAACUAACAGAAGAUGGACAACUGAGAAAGGAAAGAAUCAUUGAGAAAGUCAUUGUGAAACACAAGCAAACAGAAUUGUGCACAUCCGCUGUUUUAAAGUUGCUGAAGGAAUUUGUCUUGUUAUUUCAAAAGAAAUCGCCAAUGAUUCAUCUGCUUCAUGAUGCACAGGAACAGCUACUGAGGGAUUUCAUGGCCUGCUUUGUGAAGGCUGAACUUGUGGUACACAAAUCAGCUGCACAACUUAAAGCUAUGAAUCCUGGAAUUGAUGAAGGCCAAUUUUCUAGGAAGUCAGAUAUGUUUGUAGGAAUAAAAGCUGAGAAGAUUAUAAAGGAAAGCCACUCUAAAGACAUAGUAGUCAUGGAUUUCCUCAAACGAGCCAGCACAUCAUAUAUUCAGUGUGCUACACAUAUGCAAAAAAAGCUACCCUUGGAUAAUGCCAUGCUGAGAGCUGUUUCUGCUAUUGAUCCAGAUGCACGGGGCCACAAUGAGACUGUGAAAUGUCUUAAAACCCUGAGAGACAGUCUUAGACAUUUUCUCAGUGAUGAUGAUGUUGAGAAGUUAUCUUUAGAAGUGCACAGAUUUCAAGUAGAUACAUCUCUUCCUUCUUUAAAAAAAGCUUAAUGUGGAUGAAUGGUGGGCAGCAGUUGGAGAAACCCAGAAAUAUCCUGCUCUAACCAAGAUGGUCAUGCCGAUUUUGACAUGUUUUCAUGGACCCAUGGUCGAAUCAUCUUUCAAUUUGAUGGGGGACAUUAUUGACCCCAAAUCCUCGAAGAUGAAUGUCAGCACCGUCAAUGCUAUACAGACAGUGAAACAUGGACUGAAUGCUACGCAGACAACUGCUCUUGAAAUGUUCCACAAAGAAGAUGUGCUACACACCAGUGGACAAGCAGCUGUCUGAACAUGAGGAGUGUUGCAAAACAGCGAUGGAAAGACCUAGCUCUUUUGAAACAGAAACGACUUGACACGUUUAAGGACAAAUUGACCCAUAUUCCACCAAACAGUCAGGCCAGACUAUUAGUUGCCGAAGCUGAAAAGAUUGCAAGAAUGCAGCACCAAAAAGCACAGAAGAGGAAGGCCAUAGACAGAUUACAUCAUUUAUGUGCCAAAAAGAAAGCCAGAAUGUAACCCAUGUGCAUUUAAAUAUCUUCGUGCAUUUAUACUUACUGUAAAUAGGACAUUCACCACUUUGAAAUUAUUUGACAUUAUUUGUCAUCUAAUAGUGGAAAAUUGUGAACAAUCAUCUCUGAUGUACAUGUUUCUUUUAAACAAUUACUGGAUUACAUUGAUCAACAAGAGAACUUCUACUGCUUAACAUUUGUUGUUGAUCAACUGAACUAAAGAACUGCCUACAUAUUAUUUCUGAUAUAUCAACAAAAGAACUUUCACUACUUAGCAUUUGAUAUUGAACUGCCUACACUUAACAUUUGUCAUUGAUUGAUCAUCUAAAGAACUUGCUACUACAGUACUUGUGAUUGGUUUAUCAAUUGAAGAACGUCCUAGUUCUUACUCAACUAAAUUGGUCCUGACAAUACUUGUUUGUCACUUUAAGGUAUGGUUAACUCAGUUUUACUGUCUGUAUUGUUUAUUAAGUUUUUGUAAUUUUGAAGACUUAAUGUGAUAAAUAUUAUGAAUUUAUCUUUUAAAAAUCUAUUGUUCAUGUUCUUUUUUUUACUCUAAAGUGCCAGGAGAGAGCCCCUGAGAGCAUCAAUUUUUUUUUUAAUCCUGGGGGAGCACCCACAAACCUCCACACGUGGAGGGGGAAAUCACCCCUCCUCGACCCUCCCCCAUCACGGCCUUUGGCCGUGUACUGUCCGUUUGCGCCCAGUUCGCAAAGUUUUCAGCUGAUUUCAUCAAGUGUCAAUGUCAUGCCUGCAGUCUUUGAAUGCUUAACACACAAUGAACAACACCUGUAGUAACGGGUGUAGGUAGCAAGAUAAAUCGUAUUAUUAUUUGUAUGUGUUCAUACCUGCAUUGCAUCAUACUGAUCUGUCUAAAAUAAUAAAUUCAGAUCCCUAU